AAAUAUGAUCCAAACGUGUAUUAAUGUCAAGUCUAAAUAGACCAUCAGUGUCCCACAGACUUGGUUCAGUUAGGUUUUUAGCAUUUCUACUGCACAGAUUAACUCUGCUGUGAUUACAGAGAAUCUCAGGUUGUAUUUCCCCUUGGUUUCAUCUCUGCUGCGCCGCUAAUUCAGCCUCGUGUCAGAGACUGUGUCAUCAGGGUGUGGACGCGCAGAAGGCGGGGGCCGCAUGACAACUCUGCACAGAGCCUCGGAGGCUAUAAAGAGCCCGCUUCACCUGCUGCGCACUUAGGUCGACCCGGUUCGUGUUCCGUUUCGCUUAUCGAACUGACAGUCGGUGGAUCCCUGUGAUUGGCUGAGCUCUCCCUCAGCCCACCCACCGCCGACUGCAGGGACUCUGCUUUCCUUCCUUGCCUUGAGUCUGGGACCUGUCCCCGGGGCUGAUCGGAGCAGAGCACACGGAGAGCGCACCAUGGCAGCUACGCACAGCAGCGAGUACAGGGCCUACCUGCGAAACACCAUGGACAUCGAGGCGGGGCAGCAGCGCUUCCCGCCGGUUCCGAGUUCGGAACCAACGUACCGAUCGCUGCUUAUCGGGACCCUGGCUGUUAUGGGAUUGCUUCAGGUGGCCUCCAGCGUCGCGAUCUUAUUGCACCUGACCGGGUAUCUGCAAGAGGUAGAUCUCUCCCCAACACCUCAUCAUCCCAUAGAGGAGAUGCAGACUGAACCAGUGCUAAAUGCCCUGAAAGACCCGAGAAAAAAAGGGCGGUGCAAACCUCCUAAAGACGCCAUAAGCCCAUCAGCCCAUCUACCAAUCAGAGCGCAUCAGGAUUUCCCUAAGAAGGAUUACAGCAUAAUUAACAUCAAGUGGGAUGAGCAGCACGGAAACCUCCACAAAAUGGGUUAUCAGGAUGGAAACCUGCUGGUGUUGGAAUCAGGCAUCUACUACGUUUAUGCGAAAACCUGCUUCCGCUACUACAACAUUAGUGGUCCAGAUGAGGGCCAUGAGGCCAGGACACGCGCUCCAAAUGUUAGCAAUGCCCAACUCAUCCAAUAUGUCUACCAUAAGAGCAUCAAACAGAACAGCAGGAAGGUGUUGCUGAUGAAGACAGGAAGCACCAAGCAGUGGAACAACAUGAGUUAUAACAUGUACUGUGCCCAGCAGAGCCGAGUAGUUCGCCUGUUUGAGGGAGAUACGUUGUUUGUCGAGGUAUCUAAUGCUUGGAUGCUGGACCAGGAAGCAGAAGGGACGUAUUUUGGGGCCAUAAAGUGGGGUAACUGAAACUUUGUAACAGGGGGAGCAAACAUGCUACUGAACAUUUUUCUAUCUGAACAUUUUUCUAUCGGAACCACUUAUAGUUAUUUGUGAUGUUGAAUUGUUAAACCAAAUUUCGUUUUGUUUUACUCUACAAUUGUGUUUGGUUGUAUGUCGCACUGCUCUUCAUCAAACAGGUUUCGAGUCUUUCAUCAGGUGAACUAAACGAAAAAGGGUAAUAACCUUUUUUUGAAAACAUACCUUUUCAAUUUUCAAGAGAGCAUCCUGAUUAAUCAUAAAUAGCACUGGAAAGGACAUUUUUAAUGUGUUGUGAUUGGUAUGCCAAUACAUUUUCGUUCAGAUUACACCAAGCGGAGAAUACAGUUAGCAAGUGUUUAUGCACUAGUUAUACAAACAAUAAGGGAAGUAAGGAAGUGAGUUUUUUGGCAGAGAGCACAUCGAGGAAGGAUUUAUCAGCACUCAGUGUUGGAAAAAUGUCCAGAAGAACACUGAGGUAGAUGGGAGCUCCUGCUUGUGCUCAGAGAAUUAUUACAGUGUCUCAGACAUUGCAGCGAAUGCAUGAAUGUUUUCCUAAAUGUUUCUGUAGUUUGAACAGGUCAACCUUACAGUAACUCAACAGAUCAGUGGGAAAUGAGCAGUCAGAGGAUGAUAUUCUUAUCUCAAGAUUAUUUUGUAGCCUUUAGUUCACAUUUUUGAAGUAAGGUUCAGCAAAAGUAAUUAUCAGUAAUAGUUCCCUUAUCUGUUGCAGAGAAAUGUCAUGUCUCUAUUAACCUGUUGAAAAAAUAAGUACAUCCUUGAAGUAGUAGUAGCUAACAAGCUAGUGAGAUAUAUGGUGUAGAAGUCUGCGCCAUUCACUGAUUUGGUAAAUCCGCUGAUUAUGAGUUAGCCAGAAUAAUUUUAAAACACCUAUGAGACCUGGAAAACAUGGGAACAUACCAUAUUGGUACAACUAAUGCAACAACGUUUACUGCAUUCUUGGCGGAGCUGGAGCGGACUAGCAAGUUGGGGUGGGGGGUGAGGGGGCAUGCAAACUCCAUGCAGAAAGACCCCCUGCCGGGAGUCGAACUCAGGACCUUCUUGCUGCUACCAACUGUGCCACCGUGUAGCCCCUAGGUCAACCAAUGUAGCUCUAAUCAGGAACAUGGAUACAGUAUCCAUGUUCCUCAGCUGGACAAAACAACACCAGACCUAACAACUGUAGACUGUUAAUAUCUGCUAACAAAGCCUUAUAUCCCACUCAAUACAUUUUCAGUUCAAUUUGACUUUAAAUAUCUGAAUUCAGCUAAACAGAUGGUGCAUAUCUGACUAGUUAGCUUUAUUUCUAACAAACUCAUGGGGAUAUGACUUUCUACUGCAGUUAAGCGUACUGUUACUGAUAAUAACUUUAUACAGCCUUACUUCAAAAACAUCUGAAGUAACCUAAACAAAACCAAAGACUCAUCCAGUUUUCUGUCUAAAGCUGCCGUCAACUGCAAUAACCUGACAAUCAUUGAAAUCAGAGGAAAUGACACCUGCUUGUUUUAAUUGUGACAACCAAGAAGCAAUGAAGAUAGCUGGACUGUCUGACUGUAAAGGACAUGGAUGGACUGUUGUCCUCAUGUCCUUAACAAGGGGAACCAAACUGAGUUUGGUUCAGCUUUUAACUUAAAUUGAAAUUUUUCAUUUAACUCAUCGAGGUAAAUGGGAAUAUGCAUUUAAUAUUUAUUUAUUAGCUAGAGAGGUACAGAGACAGGUCAUUGUUAAAGUGAUCUAUCGGCUGUCAAAUCAUGUACAAUUUAUGUCUGUCUGACUCAUUAUGCAGCACUUAAAGUUAACAUUAGACAGAAUUUUGGUUUUUAAAACACGGGCUUUAUUUCAAAUUAUAUAUUUAUGUAUCUUGAUUUUUUGACAAUUCUGUGUACAUGCCUAGCCAAAAGCAACAUGGAUAUAUUAUUUGUUCUACAAGACUGUAGCAUACCUGUAAGAGCUUCAUUGAUAGAUUUUUUUCCACAUCCCGUUUCAUUAUUUAUGUUUGUAUAUGUUUUAAUAAAAACCUACUUUUGUA